AUGACUGAACCGGAAUGUUCAUUUAUCCAAGGCAGUGGAGCAAAUAACCCCAUAAAAUAUCAGAGAACGACUUUGAGUAUGGAUGACGUUCCGGAACUCAAACCAAGACCGAUCGAUGUGGAUUCUGUUCAAGAUCAGCAAAAACAACUAGAAACGGCCUUUGCAACGGUACUAGACAAUAUUGGAGAAGACAAGACUCGCCAAGGCCUCUUAAAAACACCCGCUCGAGCCGCCAAAGCCAUGUUGUUUUUUACCAAAGGGUACGAAGAGACGAUCGGAGGUACGUGUAAUAUUUUAAUCUUUAAUUUAGCUAACAUAGACAUAGUUGCCCAGAGAGACGACAGAGUCAAACUUUUAGUGUGCUGUUGUUAGAUCUUGAAUGUCAACGUAUUAGAGUUUUGUCAGAACAACAUGAUAUUCCAGUAGAUAUACAUGUAGUUGACUGUACAUGUAGUUUUUAAACAUUCUGUAGAAUUUCCUGGUCAAAUUAGAUGUUUUAAUGCACACAUGUUUCAACCUAAGGCUAUUUUUACACGGCAGCAGAUAAAUUUUUGACCUGUUGAAAAUUUGUGCGUUAAGGUGUUUCGUUCAUACGAAACCACCUUAAGUAACUGUAAGAAAUUUUAGACACCUAGUCGUUCAAAGUUCCUUGAGAAUAGAAUGAAAAUAUUAAAAGGUCCCUUAUGAAUGGGGUGUCUGUUAAAAUUUUUCUGCUGGUUGAAAAUUCAUCUGGAACUGUGUGAACGCAGCCAAAGUCAUGAGGAAAUGUGCUCACAAGGAGUUGAACUGCUCGGUGUAAAAUCACAAAGAAACCCUAUGAUCUUCGUCAGUUUUUAAGAUAAAUAAUGAAUUAAAGCUUAACUCCCUGAUUCAGUGUUUCUCAGUUUUGUAUCUUCUGUUGAUUUUUUUAACUGCAACAUAAAUUUUCUGACCUCCUAAAAACAAAGGAAAUGAAAAAUACCAGUACUAAAAAGAUGUUCAUUAGCCAUCGGAGAUCGGAGAAUUCUCUGUUUACUGCUGCACUGAAUUCUUCAGCUAAUGUUCAGUAGCCUAGGACGGUUUUUUAUUGAAAUGUGGAGCUGCUUUCAGAAUAUUCUCUGGUAACAUUAUAUCUUUCUCCUGCUACUACAAUUCGUAAUGAAAGGACAAGGACAUAAUCAGUAAUCUUACUGGGCAUAAUGGGAUUUUUGGAUGAGACAGGAAAGGAAGACAGUCAAUUGCGACUUAUGGUAGGAGUUUAUAAAGUCACUGAAGACGUUUAGCUGCUAAGAAGUGCAAAGUAAAAUACUGAAGCAUGGAAAUGAGUUAGAGACCUGUUUAUGAAGUUCUAAAAUCAGAAUAGAAGGUAUGAUGUAGAAGCCACAAAUUGAGAAGUUUCUUGAAAAUCCAUUAUACCAUCAUGGUAAUGAAACAUUAUUGUUAGUCCAGGCAGAUACUCCAGAAAGUAGUAAAAACAAAUUCAUGACAACGCAGCAGCCCCGAUGUCAAGCUGUCAGAAUAAAUUGCCAGAAGCUUAUUCAUAGGACUUGGCCAUGGAUAUUUUAAUUUUUCGAGGAUUUCGUGAGUUGGAUGUAACUCUGAACAAGGGUGUAGUAAUAAUACAAGUAAACAAUACACUGGUAAUUUGAAUCUAUUCAUCACAUCUUGCUGACAGGCAAAAUGCUGAUUGUUCUAAAUAUUUAUUUAUUAAUGGCAUAGUAUUAUUAUGUAAAUUACAUGGUUGUUAAUCAUCAAUUUAAGUUAUCAAAGAUGUCUUUACUUUCGUCAUUUGUCAGAGGAACUUAAAAAGCCCACAUUUUUGUUGUUGUGGCAUUGUAUUUUUAUGCCCUUCUCUUUCCAUAUCUUUUGUUUUGAUCUGCCAGGUCAAAGGUGUUAAUUGCCUGUAUCCAUAAUAAUCUUAUUUUCUUCUUUUGUCUUCUAUUCAUUGUAAUCUCUUACCUAUUAACUCAAGCUAAUGCUAGAUAGUUGUGCAGUGAAGUGAAUCAAGCACAAUAUCACAUCAGAAACACCUCUGUUCUGUACAUUGUAUGAUUCUUAAAAUAUUCUUGCAUUUCCACAGUUGCGAAACAAUGAACAUUAAAAAGACACUUGGUUGUCAUAGUUGUAAUAACAAAAUAUUUUCACUGAAGUGCUUAGUGGGAAAAAAAAGCAAAGAGGAUAUUAGUAUUUAGUUUCUCUUUGUUUCAAACUAAUAAGGCAUUAAUUUCAACAGUGAGCAUUUUUUUCAUUUUCUUUGUUGCAAAUUUAAACUGAAAUAUAAUGCUUGACUUGGCACAGUGUCAUAGCUUGUAUGCGGUUUCUUACAUGUGUGCAUGCAUACUAGCAUGCUUCAUGUGACUUGCUCGUUGAUUAAAAAGACUUGUUGAGUUUCCUACACUGAGUAUGUGAAUGUGUUUAGCAAACAAAGAAAGUGGCAGCUGUUUGGAUUAAGGUUCUUUACAUGAUAACCGUAUAUGGGCGAGAUUUCUUUGAACACUUAAAAACAUUUUUUAUUAUAUGACUGCUUCAUCAGUGGGCAAGUUGAAUGGAAUCCUGUGUUCUAGUUUUGCUAGCUAUCCUGUAAGAUGGGUCUAUCUUACCGCUUGGGAUUUCCUACUUUCGUUCUGUGAGAAAAAAAAAUUUUUUUCUUGUCUCAAAAAAAUAUUUCCAGCUUGUCCUUUGGGCAAGCAUCUCUCACAUUUUGCUUGCCCAAGGACACUUAUUCCUAAUCUUAGUUAAUAAUUUUGUUAGAGGAUGACUUGCUUGGACCCUUGUGCAUUGGUCAAGUGUGCUUCAAAAGUUACUUGCCCAACAAGAAUAUAUCUACUUGUCCAGGACUACCAGACAGGACUUUUUUCGAGCCCUGUUGGUCACAUACAGUAAGACCCCACAACUAAGAAUAUAAAGGCUAGUUAGCAUAAAUUUAGCCUAUUUCGGUUCUUAAAUAGGUCCUUUUUUUCUGAAGAAAAUAUACAGUAUAUAUACCUAAGAGUAUUUAGUGGUUCAGCUUAUAUUCCUCAUAUAAAACCGGCAUACCAUUACAUUGCAGUUGGAGUGAUAAUUUAAGGCACCUAUGCCUCCAAAGAGGAUUCUGAAUAUUGACUUAUCUUAUUUGCCCAAGUGUACUGAAUAGAUUUUAGAAAAUAAGAACCUGUUAAAUUUAAUUCUAGACAGGUUCUUAUAUAGAGGGGGCCUUAACUGGCAAAUUUUAGCCUAACAGGUUUGUAAAAUCCUGUUUCUUAGUUUGCAGGGUUUCACUAUACUAAAUUCUUUAUUGACCAAGCUUGCACAGUCAAGGUGGCUGGAUAUUGGCCACUUUCUCUUUCAAUUGGUUUUUGCAUUUUCAGUGACCUCAAAGAACUUGAUCAAUGUCCAGGCAUGCAUCUUGACCUGUUUGAAUUGCAAAUAAACUAAUAGUAUUCAUUUCCUGUGGUAUAGAUAUUUUAAAUGAUGCUGUUUUUGAUGAAAAUCAUGACGAGCUAGUUAUAGUGAAAGACAUUGACAUGUUCUCCCUAUGUGAGCAUCACCUGGUUCCAUUUAUGGGAAAGGUGAGUAAAAUGUGCAGUCCUUCGUCCCUAUUUUUUUCGUACUUUAAAAUCUGUAAUAUAUACAAGUACGGCACUGUUUAUUGUCAAAUUUAUGUUUAAUGCACUUAUCCAAUUUUUCCGUCAAUAUAGAAGUGUGGGUAAUUCAAGAGGAGCACCUAUUUAAAGGGGGUGCUUUUUUGUUCUUCAGAAUUUGGACCUCAAGAUAACUUUGUCUUGGUUUAAAAUGAACUAAACCUGUACCAUUUAACAAAAAACUGUAGCAAACAUUACAGAUUCGGGGGGAAGUAUCUUUCAAAAGAAAACCAUAUUUGUGUUUGUGAAGUACAGUGCAUAAAUUUGGUUUUCACUUCCUGUCAUCAUUACAUGUAAGUUCUGUCACUAUCCUAAUCAAGCACCAUUGUCAGAGGAGCUGCAUCUUGCACCAUGUGCUAUCCUUAAAAUAAUGGUUCAUUCUUUAGUGAUUGUACGUGUAACGUUAUUCAUUAAAGACUUGGCGGCAAUAUGUACUAUAUAUUGUGAGUUCAUUAAGGCUGCAGGGGAAACCUGUCAUUAAUUAAUUCAUUAAGCAAAAUUUUGCUCGUGUUGCAUCUUUUAAAACACUUAUAUCUUGAUUGUUCUAGAGGUGAUUUAGAUAAAAUAAAAUUUAUUUUUUUACCGAAACAUUAAGGAGUGAUGAAAUUGUAGGAGGUUUUUUUUAUUGGGUAGAUUGUGCCUUAAAGCAUUCCUUUAAGCCACGUUAGCAGUGGCAGAUCCAGGGGAGGGGCCUGGGGGACCUGCCCCCCCUUAUUUUUGGACUAAACUGAGGCCCAAAAGGCUGGGAAAAAACUUUUGGAGACCAACCCCCCUAUCUAUAAGGGUCUGGAUGACUGGGCCCACACUUAUCUUAACGUCUGGAUCCGGCACUGAUUAGUGCCAAAUUGGGAAAAUGUGAUUUUGUGUCCAGAUUUGCGGAUCAAAUAUAUGAUAGCAUUGUGUAGUUGCAUUAGUAAAUGAUUGGGUCAAAAUCUCUAGUGUGUCUGACAGAAGUGGAUUCAAACUUUGCCAGCAAGUUAUAUUGGUUUAAAUGAGCAAUAUCUGUCAUCCCUAAAUUGAUGCCUUUAGAAUUUCUCUUCUGUAAUGACACACGACAGCCUACCAAGUUUACCCCUCUGCAGGGCCAGCUCUUACAGUUUUGUAUGUCUGUGCUGGAUUCUUGGACAAAACUCUCCGAGAAGUCAAAUUUUGAGGGUUGCUUGACCAUUAAAAACACAGGUGCCACACAAGAUUUAUGCAAUAUUAUGGUUAUUGCCUUCCAUUUUUUGGUUUUGUUUGUAAGCUGCAAGGUUUCCAAGUUCAGAUUUUUGAGGCACAAAAUAAAAAGAGUUUUGGUAGUUUGGUUGAAAUCUCUACAGAUUUCCUUAAUAAUAUUGAUUUUCAAAUCACUGAAACAAGGUUUACUACCUUUCUUAGCCUGUUUUUACUUUUGAAUAAAUAUUUUGUUUGCUGUCUCUGCACCACAUGCAAGUGCACAUGAACACUUUAAAUUAUGCACCCAUUUUUAUCCACUCAUGAAUAUCUCGUAAAAUUGUUGACGUCAGUCAUUGUACUUCCUGCAUAUGCUUUAAAAUUUUAGCCCAGUGUGUCCCCCAUGGCUUUAAGGAAGGGUGGGCUGGGGGGUGCCUCUUCCAAGAACUUCAUCUGUGAUGUGAAAAUUCUCAGUUUGCACACUGGCAGAAAAUUCUGUUAAAGUACUUAUCUUGUGGUAAUUCAAAGAUUUUUUUUGUAAAUAAUUAUGCAAGUAAAUAAUAUUUCAAAAUCAUGCUUGUCGUUGUAAUCUUUACUUUCCUCUUCUAUAAUUUAUAGGUUCAUAUUGGUUAUUUGCCAAACAAAAGAGUAGUUGGAUUAAGCAAACUUGCUAGGUAAGCCCUUUUCCAAUGAAGAUCACAAUGUAAUGUAUACCAUAUUAUUAUUUCAAUAAUAUUUUUUAUACACAGUCAACUCCCAAUAAUUUGAACCUUCAAGAGAAAUAGAAAAAAGUUCCAGUUAUCAGGAGUUCGAGUUCUUGAGGGUACAAUUAUGUAGAAAAUGAUCUGAAGGGAAAUGUAAAUUGCUUCGAGUUAGCAGGAGGUUCGAGUUAUAUAGGAUUUGAGUUACCAGGAUUCAACUGUAUUAUUCUUUUCAUUCAUCCAGACCUAAGAUUAAGGGGGCCCUGGCCUAUAGAAUGAUUUUUCUCGGCUUGCAAGCUUCAGUUUAGCCUAAAAUUGGGCAUAGGGUCCAGGCUCCCUUGGCCCCUCAUUAGAUCAGCAGGAGAUCUUUACAGUUUUUUAAUCAAACAGUUGCCCCAGAUGCUCGUUCAAGCAUUUAUGGUAUAUUGGACUAGCCAAGAAAUUUGCUUUUUGGUAUCAGGGUGCAAAGAAAGUCAGUUUUACAGCCUGUCAUUCGAGCAAGCUAUAGCUAGCAUGUACUAGCCCACAAGUCAUUUCAACUAUCAAAAAUCUUUUUGAUUAGCACGAUUGAUUACAAUCCUUCUGUAAUUUGAAUUUCCCAAAAAAACAGCGCCUGCCUGUCAGGCAAGUUACAGUCAAACCAGGUCAAGCGUUCCCGUUGCUAACGAGCUAAUGAAUUCAUUCACGGAAAAAUGAUUUCGUUUGUUGAUUCAAUAAUCCAUUCAUAAAAUGAACAAUCCAAUAUUCAUAUUUAGCGUCGAUUCCAUAAUCGAAUGUUGAUUCGAUUACUGUUUUUUGAAAAACUACACUUUCCACAAGUUGACCUCAGAAUUUUGUUUUUUCCUCUUUUUUUUCUGAGAGUCGAGUGCUGGCGAGUUCUGAAGUUCAAACCCAAACAAACUGUUACAUGUACGCCAGUUUGCUGCCAGUAAUCAGUGCAACAGACCUAGGCCUGACCUCUUAGAAAACACAACGGUCAAACUGUGGUCAGUAUAUGUGCGGUCAUUGGUGGAUUUCGAUCCUCGGCCUUUGUCAGUUUCUUUGUGUUUGCGGUCUGUCUAUUCUAGCUGUUAUUUUGAUUAAAGGCAAUGAAAAACGCAAUCGUAAACGGCAGGAAAAAGGAAGCAAAUAAGAUUGAACACAACAGACAAAAAUAAAGAACCGGUAGAUUUUGUUCAUAAACCAAAUCAACAUUUGAUUAUUGAAUCGAGGUCCAAUUUGACUGUUGGAUUAUUCAUUUUAUGAAUGGAUUAUUGAAUCAACAAACGAAAUCAUUUUUCCAUUAAUGAAUUCAUUAGUUUGUUAGCGACAGGAACGCUUGACCUGGUUUGACUGUAACAACAAAAACCAUUAGCUCGAUAGCAAAAUCCACUAGCUCUUGGCUAUUGGACACAACUUUCUUUGCACGCUGCGUAUCCUGUAAAAUUUUUAGUAGCUACCAGCAUAAUUUGCAAAGUAAAAUCUUUAUGACACUGCUGUUAAUAGUUGUAAGGCCAAACUGCCACUGCCAAGAAGAAGCUAGUAUACCAGACUUGACACAUGAUGUGCCAUUUGUUAGUGACACUGAAAGGUCUUUGAUGAGCUUCUUGGUAGAAAAAGACAAAUACAAUUUUGUCUGGCUGGCAAUAAAAUUAUGAAAAUACAAUUUUUGUAUUUCUGCUUUGUUUGUUUUGUUGCAGGAUUGUAGAAAUGUUUAGCCGGCGGUUGCAAGGUAAGUUUAUAAGCACUUUUUUUUUUUUUUUUUUUUUUAAAUAUGGCAGAAUUGACCAAAAUAACAAGUGGUUAAUCUUCUCACAGUAUUAAACAGUAAUGAUAAUAGUAAAUGGCUCUAGGCCAAAAUGGCCACCUUGUUUCCUUUUUGGAUAAGACGUUUUGCAUGGAGCCCAUCCUACAUUGUAUUUUAAACCAUCAGGAGUCAAAUUUAGGACUUUUAUUACAUCACUGUACAUGGUAACAUCAAAAGUAGCUUCAGUAAGUUUGUUCACAAUUCUUGUCCAGAGGGGGGGCGGGGGGACGAUGAUGGGGAUAUACCUUGAGUCCCAUGUGACAGAGAUAAUGCGAUCCUUCUAUGCUGAAGACAGAAUUCAAUUUCAACAUCUUUCAAUUCAAACAACUACAGCUCUAAGCUGUUUCUGGUAAUUGGAUGCUUCAAGAGAGGGUAAUGCCUGUUUUGGUAAGAUCUCUUUUAGGGUCAAAUUAAGCCUGAGCCACGUAUGCCCUGAUUGGUCUCCUUUCAUGGUUCAGUUCUGAUCAAGAGCCCCCGAUUGCUUUCGUACAGGGGUCGACCCCCCCCCCUCCCCCUCAUCCUCCUCACAUGCAGAAACCUGUGAUCACAUGUUAGUUUCUUAACAGUUAGUUUGAAUUUAUUUUAGUGCAAGAGCGUCUAACAAAGCAAAUUGCCAUGGCUUUAUGUGAAGCUGUAAGCCCAGCUGGAGUAGGCGUGGUGAUUGAGGCAACGUAAGUUUUUGAAGUCAGAUUGUUUAAUACUCAAGUAAAAUAAAGUUACUCUCAGUUUAUUUUUGCUCACAAUUAAUUGCCCAAAAGUCGUCAAUAAUAUUAUUGGUUAUAAAAUUAUUAGCUGAUGUAUUAGCAUACGCUUUGCAGCCAGUUUGAAGUCUGGAGUAAUAAUGAUGAUAAAGAUAAUGAUGAUGAUGGUUUUUUGAAAAAAUAGAAUGUCACCAUGCAAGAGGUAUUACUGAAUGUUCACUUUGACAUCUUACAUGCUAAGUGACAAUCCUAGAUAAUUUAUACGUAAGUAAAACAUCCAAACAACCUACAGGUGACCGGCAAAGGAUUAAGUAUGAUAUAAUGACAAAAUUACAAAAGUUAAUAAAAAGUUCACUGUCCCACUACUUUGCAUUGGUGGACAUAGUUGGAAAAAUGCUCCUCCUGAGUCUAUCACAGUUCUUCAUUAAUUAUGUCAGAAGUUUUUGCUAUUGUAUCAUAUCAUAUUGUAUCAUGGUUAGGGGAGGGUAGAAUACAAACAGGAAGAUUGCCCAGAAAUUAUUGUGGUUAAUGUCUUCAAGCACGUAUCAUCUCACCUGGUAUUGAGGUGCCAGAGAGCUGUAACAGCAAAAGUUUCAAUGACAAUAAGAAAGUUCAGGAUACAAAAUUCUAGUGCAGGCUAUUGAAUUUUCUUGAUCUUGUUGGAUGGUAGCCAGAAAUACCGGUACUCUGUCAAACAGGACCAGAGUACUCAAGAAUCAAGCAGAUGAGGGAAAUAUUAUAGAUGAUGAUCAGGUAGCUGUGAAGGACACCAGAGUGAGAAACGUGGGGGAUGUACAGUCUUCUAGAUGGUUUCUUAUGAACCGAGUCUGUAUGGUAGUUCCACUAAAGAUUUUCCUUGACUAUCACCCCAAGAACUUUAGAGAAUCUUAUCCACUAAAGAGGACAGUUAUUAGUCUUGGAGAGUCCCGAAGGAGAACUUUUUCAGGUUAAACUCCAUGCUAUUAGUGCGUGCUUAGUUCGGAAAUAACAUUUGAAUGAUCUUGGAUUGCUGAGAGGAGUUCACUCCUAGAAAUGGAUUGCAAGACACUGUGAUAUCAUCAACAUACAUCCAGUGCCUUAAGUAGUGUUAAGUAAAAAUAUGGGGCCAAAUUUCCUACCCUUCAUUAUGCCAGCUAUAUAACAGAGCCAAGUUAGACAUAGAAAUUUGUCUACCUACAUGGUGUGACUUCUGUCAGAAAACUACAGAUCAAUCCAAGCUAUGGAAACCUUUGGAAACCAAGCGAGGCAAGCUUCUGGAUGACAAUAUUAUAAUCGUUAUGAUCAAACACUUUGCUGAAGCCAAGCAAGUUGACAAGGUGUAAUUCUGCAUGAUGGAGCCAGUAAACUAUGCACCAUGUCAAGUGAACAAAAAGAGGUCAACUUCCUUUUCAGACAGACCAACUGCUGAGUAUUAAACUUGUUACCAACCUGAACAAUAAUCCAACAAAACACUGUCCAAGUCAGAGUCUUCAAAGACUUUAGUGAGACAGGAAAUAAACAGCAAUGGUCAGAAGUCUCCUUUGAGCCCAUUUAAGCUUUUGGAAUUUGAAUAAUUGCCAAAACCUUUCACACCCUCGGCAUAACUCCCAAAGUUAAAGUUAAAAGAAUGUCUGAAAGGUGAUGUAUGCAGCACCCCUUGUGUCACAGACCAAUUCUCAAGUUACUGCCACACAAAGAACAGAUUGAAUAACAAGGGGAAAAAACACUGCUCUUUCACCCUUCCGUGGAACAAUGUUUGUUUCAAGAUUUCUAUCAAUAGAUAGUUUUGCCAUAGGUGACUUUCAGAGCUGAUAGACCAACUCUCUUUAUGAGCGGAUAGACAGCAAACAUGCCAGUGAGAAUUUGUGAUAGAAUACUGACAACUAAAAUUGUAUCUUAAUUUCAGGAACUAAUAGAUGUUACUAAAUACCCGUUUUUUUUAAAAAAAAACACUUUGCCAGACAUUGUAUUGUAAACGUUCUGAUUAAUAAAGCUAUUUCUUUUGAUUAUUAGGCACAUGUGUAUGGUGAUGCGUGGAGUACAAAAGCCUAGCAGUAAGACUGUCACCAGUUGUAUGCUGGGAGCUCUGAGAGAGGAUCCUAGAUCACGUGAAGAGUUUCUCACUCUGAUCAGAGAUGGUGGCAGAUAA